UUCUGGGACAGGAAUGGCUUUACAAUGCCCAGUUCCCAUGGAUUUUAAUUUGUUAUUUUUUUCCUUAAGUGGCGCUGUCUUAAGACACCCGCUACUUAAUUUUCUUGAAGUGGCACUAGUUUAAACUACUCAGCACUUCAGAUCAGACUUCAGUUCAGACAUCAGUUGAAACUGAUCCUUACUUCAUUGGGAUCCUAUACCAGGGAAGGCGCCAGCCAUAAAGUCAGCCCGGCUUCCUUCUUCAGAGACAGUUUAACAGACAAAUUCAGACAACUCUCUGUCUGCCAAGCCCUUGCAUUUAGACACUACCCAGUCACGAGAUUGCUCCUCGCAGGUGGGCUGGGGUGGCUACUUGGCUUUCAGAACAUACAGCACAGACACACAUAACACACAACAAUAAACGACACCCCGUAAGAUAAUCCAUUUAAGAGAAAUCCCGUAGUCAGAACUCACUGACCAAGUGGUGGAGACCGACCCUCAAGCCCCUACAAAUGAGGAAAUUUGCAAAGCUGGUGUCCUCUCACCUGUUCGUGCGAGCUGAGGGGGUGCAGGGUGGCAUCACUGGGGCAGGAAGCCGUCGCUUAGGAUCUCGGUGGAACCUCCAAAUUGUGGAAAUGAGUUUCACACUCAGCAAAAGGUACAGAGACUAGUUUAUUAGCAAAGUGUGUUCUGCCUUAGAAUACAAUUGCAACGUCUUUUAUGGCAGCAAGCUGCCUAACGAUCUAUCUUACAGUGCAGGCUUGUUGCUGGGCCAACUUUCAGCAUAGUCACUUUUCCUUCAUGGUAACAUGUAUCACUUCCUCACUCUUUCAACCACGUGACCUUCACGCCUACAUGAAAUGGCAGCUACUUUACAAAAUGGAUUCUGCACCUGGGCAGAGCCUAGCGUGCCCUGAGUGCUAUUGAUAUUGGCUCCAAAAAUUGGCACAAUCCAGAUUUGAUAUCGAUCAAAGGUUAGGUGAUGCAGCUGGAGAUGGGGUGAACUUGCGUAAUCUGAAAGCCCCUGGCAGGGAACCUGAAAAGAACAAGAAUCAGGUGCCGCUCCCAGCGCCCUAUAAAUAGGAGGGGACCCAGCAGGGGUCUGACAUGCAGGUUCCCAGCAGGCAAUGAUGAGGUCUCUCCGAACCAUGGCCUGGCUGGUGUUCCUUGGCUGCGUCUCGCUGUGGGCAGGGCCGGCGCUGGCCAAAGUGGCACCAUUCGAUGCGUGUCCAGGCUUUUUCUACAGAGAUGUUCCACCGAGUGGCUUUGAGACGUCUGACACGAAGUCCAUCUGCCAGAGGUACAGUGAGGAAUUCCACUAUGCCACCCUCUAUGACAGGAUCAGCCGGAUCCCGCGCUGGUCGGCGUACACCCUGGAUAAAUCUGAAUGCUCCGAGGAAGCCCGCCGGACGUACAAGUGGCUUGUGGAGCCCCAGCUAACGGAUCCAGAGGGGUCCCCGAACAUGAUACCGGAGGAGAAGUUAGGUCCAGAACUGAGACAGAACCAAGCCAUCAACGAGGACUAUGAAAACACGGCAUAUGAACCGGGGCAGCUGAACCCCUUCUCCUUCCAGUGCAAAAAGAGUCGCAAGACCACCUUCACCCUCACCAAUGCUGUCGCCAUGGACCCCCACUUCCACCAGCUCCGCUGGAGCAAGGUGGAGAAAUCCCUCAAGACUCGGUUGACUGAGAGCUGCGUCCGUAACGGCGGGAGCCCCUACCUGGUGACGGGAGCUGUUCCCGGUGAUGUGAAAAUCCCCAUACGCAGCACGGAUAAGGAAGUGAACCGUGACCGGAUAUUCGAUCGGGUCUCAGUGCCCAGCCACGUCUGGACAGCUGUGUGCUGCAACCACACGGACGAGACCGAAAAAUUCUCCUUUUCCAUCCUAGAAGAGAACAAGGAGGAGUCCAGACUCCAAAUCAUCCCCGUGGAGAAGCUAAACACAGAACUAGCGCAUCUGUACAAAUUUUCUGAGCCAGUUGGGAUCUUUGCAGAUGACUGCGGCUCCAGGAACCCCAAAUCGCAAAGCGUUUCAUUAGACGUAAAGUUAGACGUGAUAGACAGCUUCCACAUCUUCUUCGAUGACUACUACUCCCUGCUCCUCCCAGAGAAGGAGAGACACCGACUGGACGCGAAGACCAUCCGGGUGUUGAGAAGCAAGAACCUGCAUGAGGCCAGCAUGCGGCUGUCACACAUUGAGUUCAUGGUGGCUUUUCGCAGCCUGGCAGACUGGCACCACGGCUAUGAGACAUUAUACAAGCAGGAUGACUUGAGCUGCGUGCUGGCCCCCGCUGCCGCUGGGACAACGGACAGACUCUGCACCCUGCUGGAACAGAAACAUGUGCCAGGCUCAAUAGUAACCGCCUCAGGGUGGAGCUGUGUGGAGGAGCACUGUGGGAGUCACAGCUCUGCCUACAGCGGGUGCAACACAUCGUACAGCCGCCAAUGUCGGUCGGGACGGUACGAGUGCUCACGAGGGGACGGCACCACCGUGGCGUGCUCCCCUCAGUUCUCCACCGUGACCAUCAGCGGGAAGCCCUGUCGGGCUGACCAUCCCUGCGGCCUUUAUGGGGAAGAUUCCUACUGGUGCUACACAGAUUACAAACAGAACCGGGAGGAUUGCUGCUCCCCUCAGGGCUACUGCAGGAAGAAUGGCAGAGACUACGACUGGUGUCACAUCAAGGAUCCAGAGAACUGCUGGGAGCGCUGUACCCCAUAA